AUGCACCCAUCCGAUUGUGUUCUUGGUCUCGCCGCGAUCCUUGUUUUGACGACCGUAUCGCACGUGGCAGCCGUUCGAUGCAAAUGCACCAAAGAGUCGGAGACAGUCACGUGCACGGAUGGAGUUUGCGAGACGGACGCCGGCUGUGAGUCUUCUUCCCUUUUCUUCAUUGGCUCAAUCUUCCUCUCGUUCUGAGAACCUGUCGACCGCACUUCCGGUGCAUUUGUCCCAUCGAAACGUUGUCGAGGGAAGACAGAAAACAGAGGAAGGGAGCAAGCGAGAGAGCAAAACCACAACCAAAUAAUUAAUGGAAUCUAGGGCCACAACACUCUUAAUGAGCUUUUUUUGGGUCGCCAUUACACUGUGAUGAAAUUCAUUCAUUUGAUGGAAGUGACGUGGCACAAUGGGGUCGAAGUUGAAGAGAGCGGGCUAUUAGUACGUGUCGGAAACAAGUAAUUAGUAGGUGACGGAGCCUUCGGAAGGGCAGCGACGGCACCGGAUGAAUUAACAAUGACCCAUUCUUUGUGGACUGCCACACCACUCGAGAUUAUUAUAAACAAAUCCGUCCUUCGGCCACCUAAAUCCUAAGUGCGCAUAGCAGAUAUACAAACAGACGAACGGGGGGAAGAUGCGGAUGAAACGGAUUCGUCGGGGGGAUAAUGACUUCUUCGUCUUGCAGCUUGUCUCAUGCUGGACCACCCGACCAUGGGAGUGCAUUACACGUGUCACACGAGAGGAUUGAAGGAUGGCAGCUGCCACAACAGGUAUUUCCGAUAGAGUGCACUUCUUUCCACUCCGAAACCGUCCUUGCAGAACAUCGAAGAGCGGAGUGUCUGUCAAGAUUUGCGGCUGUAACGCUCCGGACUUUUGCAAUUUCUCCAUGUGGCCCGACAAGUGAGUGAAACAGAAUCGGCCCAUUUCCGGCGUCAUGUCGUACCUUUUCCGCCUCUUCCGCAACGAUAUCGGGUGUCCGAUUGCCCGAUUGUUUUGGUAAUUCUAGAAGCGAGAAAACCAAAAAGAAUGACGGAAUUAUUUGAAAAGGGAGUAGGUCACAAAGUCACAUUUGGAAGACUUUAAAGGUCAAAUGUAAACUCUCAUGUUGCCAUUUGGGAAAGGGUGGCAGAAGAGCUCAAAUAUUAAUGUAAUGCCACGUCAUGAUGAUCUCUGGCCCUGACAAGAACGAAAACGAAAACAGGAAAUGUUCUAAUUCCAGAUCAGCCCAUCACCACAAGCAUCACCACCACAAACAUCACGACGAGGCCCAGGAGGAGUCGAUCAACGCUCGUUCGCCGAUCUCCGCCGUCUGCUCGCUCCUCGUCUCUUCUGUGCUUUAUCUCCUUCUCUAA